UGUAUCAGACAUCGAAAUACGGCGAUUCUUCCAUGAUGUUGCUGCGUUUGGUUUUCAUGCAAGUCCUUGUCUACAAAACUCUUGUGUCAGCGUUACCUGUGGCCACACACUGGGACGACGUGAUUAGACAACGUCGUCACGCCGCCAACUGUCAACCACCUCAAGAUAUCAACCAAUUCUUCCAAAGUCUCAACAAGAACGCCGACACGUCGCUCUACUUCCGCCAUGUCCGAGAAGGCAUAAGGCCGUACCUCCACACAGAACUGAACACGGACCAGGUAUUCGACAGCGAGAACUACUACAGAGGUACCACCUGUCCCAGCAGCGUCAGUGACGACCCACAGGACCCUCUGUGGAUGAGGUCCCUCUGUCCCUGGUACUACAACGUCACCCGUCUUACCGCCGGUCACUACCCAAGUGCCAUCCCCCAGGCCGUGUGUAAGUGUGACAAAUGCGUUGACAAUAACCAAAAGCAGUGCGAGAGAGUUUCCACUCAAAUCCGAGUUUUAGAAGAAAUUGGCUGUGAAAAUGGAUUUUACAAAUACAAACCUAAAACUAUCGCUCAGUAUGUUGGAUGCACGUGCGCUAACCGUCGCAUAGCGACGUUAAAUCUUAGUCAGUCUAGUUCAAGCGGCAUUUCCCGUACCCUGAUGUGUGGCGACUAUCCAUGCACACAGUAAAUAUAUAGGCAAACCCAUUCCACGUGACUAUGUUAUUAGCAUACAUGUAAACGUUCCAACCAUGAUACUCAUUCAAGUGUUUGGAAACAUCGAUUAAGUCAGUUAUUGACUGGUAUUUAUUUGUACAGCGUCGUCUAAAGGUUUACGUUGACAAUGGACAAAUGUUGCAGACCUUGUGUUCGUCGUCGACUGAGUACUUCACUUUUGUGUUCCAUAGCCUUCUAUGGAGUUGGAUGUGAUAAUGUUAUCCCCUGUAGGCAUUAUACGUUUUGUAUUUUACUCUGAAGGACAUGUUUGUCGGUCGUGUCGUGCAAUUCCCACAUCUAUCGUGCCGCAUUGAAUUAACUCAGGAUCCGUGAAGAUCCGGGGUAGAAUAGGUCUUCAGCAACCCAUGCUUGCCGUGAAAGGCGACUAUGCUUGUCGUAAGAGGCGACUAAGGGGAUCGGGUGGUCAGGCUCGCUGACUUGGUUGAUGCAGGUUAAGCCACAACAAACAAAACAAAACGAAUUACUUCAGAGAGUAGGCACCUUUUGCCCGCCGUGAGUGAGUUUCAAUGUA